UCAUCCUUGAAAUUUAAUUCAAUGACUAGUUACAAACAACUUGAAGUUCAAUUUGAAGAACCAAAUCCAAAAAAAUGGUGUGUUCCAUUAAAAGAAGAUGUGUUUGUGAAAUUCAUGAACAAAGGGAAUUUUAUAACACAUAAGGCUUUGUGUGAAGGUUCACUUUUUAGUCCACUAUUGUUUGGCAAAUUUUUUGAUCCUUCUGAUGCAUUUCCACUAUGGGAAUUUGAUUCAGAUGUGUUAUUAUCCAAUGCAAAAAGUUCCAAUAAUAAUCAGUACAAAGUUGAUUGGAUUCAAACUGAGACAGAUUAUGUGUUGAAAGCAGAAAUUCCAGGUGUUGGUAAAGGUAUCAUUUGUGUCUCCGUUGAGGAUGGAAAAGUUUUAGAGGUAAGUGCCCAAUUGAGGCUGAAAGUAGAGACAGGGACGAAGGACUGGAGAGCGGGGAACUGGUGGGAACACGGCUGUGUUCGGAGGAUUGAGCUGCCUGAAAAUGCAGACUGGAAGAAAACAGAGGCACUAAUGAGUAAUGGUGAUCACAAAUUCUUAGAAGUUAAAAUUCCAAAGAUCCCUCCAAAUAUUUGUGAUGUACCUUGAGGGAACCAAAUUAAAAAGGGGCAAAU